UAUAAAUCGCUUAGAAAUUUCCUCCUCCUCCUUCGUCUUCUUCUUUUAUUAGUUUAAUCGUAUUAUUUAUUUAAUUUUGUUUCUCUUUCAGCCGUCAUCUGCUUCGUUUGCAUCCAUACUCCCAAGCAGAAAGUCUUACUAAUAUACGUCGAUACUCUAAUAUAUUCUUCCUUCUACAAACCCAAACACUGCACGUUUCUUGAUUCUCUCACCACGAAAAAUGGCUGCACCUGCAAUUGCAAAGCUUGCAAUAAUCCUGGUAACAAUCCUAGCACAUCAUCUUCAUGAGACUUCGGCAGCGGCCAACGUCGUGAAAACGGAGGUUUUCCGGUCGCCGGAGAUAGUGAUGGAGCCGGGACUAGUGUCCAACAAGAACUACUACAACAUCGAAUUCCCACGUGGGCACAUCGGGAUCAAGGGUUUGAACGCAGAAUUAGUCGACGAGAGAGAAAAUCCGGUGGCGCUCCACGAGAUUUACCUCCAUCACUGGGUUAUCGACAGAUACUAUGCUCGCGGCGGCGACGGCGGCGAUCUGAGUAUUGUGAGAAACAGUGGGAUUUGUGGGAAUGGAUUGCCGCAGUAUUUUGGAGUGGGAGCAGAGACGCGACGAACGGCAACCGAUAUUCCUCAUCCCUACGGAAUCCAAGUCGGAGAUCCGGCCACUAUCCCUGCAGGAUACGUGGAAGGAUGGGCGCUUAACGUGCACGCGAUCGACACGCGCGGAGCAGAGGAUAAGAUGGGAUGCACAGAGUGCAGGUGUGAUCUCUACGGCGGCGGCGGUGGAGACGGAGGUGGAUUGCAUUGCUGUCCCGACGGGAGCAGAUGCAGACUCCAACAAGGGUUUCAUGGUGGCAAGAGAAGCAUUUAUUUGAGGUAUAGUGUGAAAUAUGUGGAGUGGGAUUCAUCUUCCAUCCUACCCCUCAGCAUUUACAUUCUUGACGUCACUGAUCAUGUUUCCACUUCCACAGCCACUCACCAUUGUGCGAUUGAAUAUGGAGUUGAACGUUGCGGUGAAAAAGAUGGGUGCGUUGAUAGCAAGAGUGUGAGUUUUAGUUUUCCGAGUGGUGGAGAUGUGAUCUAUGGGGUUGGACACCAGCAUGCAGGGGGUUUGGGCACUACUCUAUAUGGACAGGGAGGAAGAACAAUAUGCUCAUCGAAGCCAACAUAUGGGGAAGGAAGUGAAGCUGGAAAUGAGGCUGGUUUCAUUGUGGGGAUGUCCACAUGUUACCCGUCACCGGCUCGACCGGUCAGGAUUUCGGCCGGAGAGACACUCACGCUUGUGUCGAACUACAGCAGCGUUGAAAGGCAUACUGGAGUCAUGGCCUUGUUUUACCUGUUACUUGCUGAAUCAUCACCCAAACCUCUUCCAACUCUGGUAUCUAAAUUUACGACGGUGCCCAAAUUCGUUUGGCCAAUUAGUCUCUUGGGAGUUGUACUUGUUAUUGUUGCUGUGGUUGCAUUGAAGGGUAAAAAUGGAAAAUCAGAAGGUUACGAAGCUAUGAUAUGAGCUUGGAAUAUAUAUAUAUAUGUGUCUAUGUUAGGCUCAUUAAUUUGUGGACCUAAGGUAUAGUUCAUCAAUUGAUAUAUAUCAUCUAUGAGUUAGCUCCUCAUGUAACAUAUUCAAAAGAUGCUCUAUAGUUUGUCUAUACAUACAUGUUAUCUUGUUUAAAAAAUAAGAUAGAAUUGUUUGUGUAAACAGUGUAGUUGAUCUUCUAUAAAAAGAAUUAUAUCGUACGAGUUACUUCUA